ACCAACAGCUCGCGAGCAUCCCGGGGGCCCCGCCUGUAUACAAUGCCCAUCGACUGAAAGAAGCCCAACAGCUGGAGGGCCGCACGUGGGAGAAGGUUGGCCAAGCGGCCUUGUACCUAAUGCGAGGCGCUACCUUCUCGCCUAUCGUCAUGACGGGGGGCGAGCUAGACAACAUCAUUCGGGACGUGGCCCACCCGCACCCGGGCCUGCACGCGCUGCUUACCUUCAGCGCCAUCGACAUCGCGGCGUUCUCGCCGCCGCGCCCCCCGGGGGUAGCGGCGGUGACACGCACGUUCGACGUGCACCUCGACACCUUCAUUCGCGUCCUGGAAGUGUUCAUCAAGGACGGCAUGGCGGGCGCCUCUCCGGCCGGGGCCGACCGAGUUGGCCUGUUUUUCCGGGAACUCCUCAGGAUCUCCGAGGACCUCCGCCGGUACCGCCACUGCGCCGAGUUCAAGGGCCGCGAGGCGACGUCUUCGCCAGGUUCAAGCAAGACGCCAACCUCGAUUGGGCCGAUUUCGUCAGUCGUCUGACCACCGAAGCUAGGGCGCUCCGGCAGCGCAACACCCUGGCCCCCCCACCCCCCAAUACGGUGGGGGCGAUCCAAGUUCCGCAGUUCUCAAGGACGUUGGUCCUGAUUGCGGAGGGUACGGCUUCUUCGAUGGUGGGUCUCCUGCAGGGGGGUCUAGCCCGUCAACAACAGUCAAAACCGUCGUCCGCGAGCACCAAGCGCAAGGCGACUUCGCAGGGUCACCCUGCACGCGCCCCCGUGGCCCCAGUCCCAUCCGCUUCCACGGCAGCCGCCACCGCGUUUGCACAGACCGUCGCCGCCUGGAACACUCCCAACAACGAGUGCUUCUACACGUGGUCGGGCACGACCUGCACACGCCCGCAGUGCGAGAAGGGGCACACCCAGCGGCACCCGUCACUCUUGCCUGCUGUUCCUCCCCCUCCCCCCCCUCCGCCCGCUCCGCCCGCUCGUGCCCCCCGUGCCCCGAGAGCGACACAAGCACCAGUCGCGAGGUACAGCCACGGAGGCGGCCGAGGAGGAGGAGCAGCGGGAGGAGGAGGAGGUGGAGGGAGUGCGGGAGGAGGCCGUGGCGGUACCAAUCCGUGACGGUGCGGGCCCCACUUUCACGAGGUGGGGCCGACAAGGGGGGGUGGCGAGCUUGGCACGGGGGCGAACGCCUUCGCUGACGGCAGAAGGACAGUAGCGAGCGUGGGAGUUCCCCUUCCCGGGUCGGCGGCACCCGCUGUGUAUUACGGAACUCAGGGAAAGGAUGGCCGGGGAGGCACGAGCGCCGAGGGGGAGCGGUUGGUCAAUGCACUCACCUUCGGGUCUUUGGGAAGUGGUACCAAGAAGGUGUAUCAAAGGAUGUGGAACACGUGGAAGGAGGCUCGAGCAGGGGAGGUUCGGGCCCGUGGCUCCGCGAGAGCGAUGGGGUGGAAAGUGCGGUGCGUGAGCUGUCUGUGUUCAUGGCUUGCCGGUGUUUCGGUCACAAGAACCAGAGUCAGACUAUCCGCGGGUAUCUCUCAGCCAUCAAGUACUUCCAUAAGAUGCACGCAGGAUGGGAGUUGCCCACUUCGCAUUUCCAGAUCCUUGCCAUGUUGAAAACCAUUGAUAGGGUCCACGCCAAUACGCAGGCGAAGCCUAAGGUUAGGAAUCCCCUUUCAUGGAACAUGCUAGAGGCUGGAAAGUGCGUGGCCGAAAAUUCGGGAAUCAGGGAAGUUGAUCUGGUGUGGACUUGCCUNUGCGUGGUCGAAAAUUCGGGAGAAUCAGGGAAGUUGAUCUGGUGUGGACUUGCCCUCUCGUACUUGCUGAUGUGCCGAGCUUCAGAAAUCUGGGCGGACGACUCGGGGCUCGUGCACUCGGAGCGGUCCGGUAAGGGUUGCAUGGGCAGACCGGAGGCAGGCUAGCCAAGUGGAAGUCACGUUCAGAGCGUCAAAAGCAGAUCAAAAACGUUUGGGAGCAACCGUCACAAGAUCGGGAGUAGCGUUGAAGGUGUUACUCGAUCUGUUAGAUCUGCACCCCGAGCUUGGGAGCCAUGCGCCGUUGAUGCAAUCGUGGGCACAAGACAAGUGGAAGGUUAUUUCGAGGGCAGAGGCAUCGAGACACCUCAGGUUACUCGUGAGUGCGGCGGGUAGAGACCCACAGAAGUAUGCGUUGCAUUCAGGAAGGAUCGGGGGGGCCACGCACCUAGCGAGUAUGGGGGCGUCGGUAAUUCAGAUCCAGAGAGCCGGAAGGUGGAAAUCAUCGGCUUUCAUGGUGUACGUUAGGGCGGGGGGUGAAGGAGCAAAGUUUGUGUCUCAGGCCCUUACGGAACCCGAGGAGUGACCAGGGAGCGGUUCGGAGGAGUAGGUCAUCGGACAUGCCUAAUGGAGUAAGAUAUGUUGAGGCCAGAGGCCGAAACAAUAGUAAUGAUAGUAGGGCAAUCUUGGAAAGUUUGCAACGGGUUAGUCCGGUAAGUAAACGUUGUGAGCAAGACGGCAUUUUACCUGCGCUCCCAAUUUGUUUCAUGUGUCUUGGUUUUUCUUUGGUUGCCUGCAGAAAAAAUAAUCCAGAAUUCUUGAGCAAACAUAAAUCUGUUUCCUUAUUUCAGUUAAUUUGGAGCCCCAGUCCGAAACUGUGUAUUUUCUUUUCUUCUUCAGAAGAAGUUCUCUGGUUCUCUUUUUCCCUCCUUUUCUGUGCCAGAUGGCCUUGUUUCUGCUUGCGUUGUGAAGUACCAAGAUUGAACCAAGGGGGUGUACCUCAUUCUCUCCGGCCCGUGAUGGUGACCCCUAGUCUCAGUUGUUACCUUGCAUAGCGCGCAGAGGGAGUGGAGGACUCCAGAAUAUCUGGCGUUGAUUUCUAUUGACUUGCGGACCCCUCGGGGCCAUUUUAUUUGAGUGUACCUUAAGGGUGAGGUACCAGCAGCACUGCGAUGUGUCACAACAACGCGGAGUUCUGCUGCUGCUGCUGCGAAAAAAAACCCAGCAGUUGUUCCGCAUACCAUGGUAUCUUUUUGCAGUGCGGCUGCGCCUGUCAUGCACACACAACGCCGUGUGAUACUGGUUCCGGGUGAGGGUUGAACUUGCAGCAUUCCCUGUGGUCAUCUCAGUUAUACUGUCUGUACCGAAGAAAUGGUAGGGCUCGUUCAUGAUAGGACAUAUGUUUUGUUUUGGUGCAACACGCAGCAGCGGGCGGGUGCGCUAUUGGUCCACACAUGCAUGUGUGUUGCUGAACGCUGCGCGAAGUGUGUGUGUACUUGCGUUUUUGUUUUUUAUGUGCGAGCGCUCCUGCAAAGUACCAAGUUCCACCUCGCAAGGUACAAAGUCGGGGAACGCCAUCGUCCCAACAGGCACCAAAGUUCCCGGCGCCAGGCGCUCCAACUCGCGAGGAAAUACGACGAUGGUCGCCAGCAUCGGCGCCGACGGCCACACCUACCACCCUACCAUCAUCUGCAACGGCCAGCGUAUGCAACCCGCUUGAAUCAAGGACAACAACGUCGUCCCCGAUGCGAAGUACACCGUCAAGGAGUCAUCCU